AUGGCGGGUGACCUGACCUUCGGGGUUCUGGUCAAGAAGCAGUUUACUGCUCAGAAGUUGGCCUUCCACUUCCUCUUCUGGACCUUUCACUUUGGCAUUUUCGCCUAUGGAUGGUGGAAGCAGGCAAUGGACGCGAGGCUGGCUGGUCUGAACACUUUGCAGUACUCGGUCUGGAUUUCGAGAGGUGCUGGUUUGGUCCUUAGUGUCGAUGGAAUGCUUAUCCUACUCCCGGUCUGCCGAACGGUCAUGCGAUGGAUUCGACCUAAGCUUCGCUUCCUGCCUCUUGACGAGAACCUCUGGCUGCACAGACAAUUGGCGUAUUCCAUGCUUGGUUUUACCAUCUUGCACACUUCUGCGCAUUACAUCAACUUCUUCAACGUCGAGAGAACUCAGAUUCGUCCCGUCACGGCUAUCCAGAUUCACUACGCCCAGGCAGGUGGUGUUACCGGGCAUGUCAUGCUGCUGUGCAUGCUUCUGAUGUACACCACUGCACACGCUCGUAUUCGCCAGCAGUCAUUCGAGACGUUCUGGUACACCCACCACCUCUUCAUCCCCUUUUUCUUGGGACUGUACACCCACACCACUGGCUGCUUCGUGCGCGAUACCGCCUUGCCGUACUCUCCAUUUGCCGGAAAGGAUUACUGGGACCACUGCAUCGGUUACCUCGGCUGGAGAUGGGAGCUUUGGACUGGAGCUUUCUACCUCAUGGAGCGUACCUACCGUGAGGUCCGCGCUCGCCGCCGCACCAAGAUCACUCGUGUUGUUCGCCACCCUUACGACGUCGUUGAGCUGCAGUUCAAUAAGCCCUCGUUCAAGUACAAGGCUGGCCAGUGGCUCUUCCUCCAAGUGCCUUCUCUUUCGAACUACCAAUGGCACCCCUUCACUAUUACCUCUUGCCCGUUCGAUCCUUAUGUCUCGGUCCACGUUCGCCAGGUCGGUGACUUCACUCGGGCUCUUGGUGACGCUGUUGGUGCUGGUUCCGCUCAGGCAAAGCUUUACGAUGGCGUUGAUCCCAUGGGCAUGUACGAGGUUGCUCUUCAGAACGGCCAGCAGAUGCCUGAUCUCCGCAUUGAUGGCCCGUACGGUGCUCCCGCCGAAGACGUUUUCGAAAACGAAAUCGCUGUGCUCAUCGGCACUGGUAUUGGCGUUACUCCCUGGGCCUCCAUUCUCAAGAACAUCUGGCAUUUGCGCAACAGCCCGAACCCGCCAACCCGUCUUCGCCGUGUCGAGUUCAUCUGGGUCUGCAAGGACACUGGCUCUUUCGAGUGGUUCCAGACCCUACUGUCGUCACUUGAAGAGCAGUCCAAUGAGGCAGCUCGCGUUCCUGGCAGCUCUGGCGUUGAGUUCCUGAAGAUUCACACCUAUCUUACUCAGAAGCUGGACAUGGAUACCACCCAGAACAUUGUGCUCAACUCGGUUGGAUCAGACCACGACCCUCUGACUGAGCUCAAGUCCCGCACGAACUUUGGUCGACCCAACUUCUCCAAGCUUUUCACAACCAUGCGUGAUGGUAUUCUGGACAGAACAUACCUCAACGGCUUGGAAGGCAGUAUGCGCACGACUGUCGGUGUCUACUUUUGCGGUCCCUCAGUAGCUGCUCGCGAUAUCAAGCAGGCUUGCAAGGAUGCCGACGUCCGCGAAGUCAACUUCCGAUUCUGGAAGGAGCACUUCUAA